AUGACCGAAAACCUCAAGUACUUCAUGGAAGACAAAGGAUUAAGCACGUCUGAGACAUGGGAUCUUCUCCUGGCAGACAUGGACAAGAUGGUAGUAAGGACAAAUCAUUAUACGCCUCUUGGAUGUGGGAGCAUGCCUUUGAACAGAAAAAUUGGAGAGUAUAUCAAGUACGGAAUUGUUAACCUAGAUAAAUCAUCGAACCCAAGCUCGCAUGAGGUUGUGACAUGGGUGAAAGAGAUAUUGAAGUGUGAGAAGACUGGGCAUAGUGGGACGUUGGACCCCCAGGUAAGUGGGGUAUUGACGAUUUGUAUUGAUCGGGCAACUCGAUUGACAAAGAGCCAGCAGUCUUUAGGGAAGGAGUAUGUGUGUGUGAUUGAGUUUCUAGAGGAACCGAAUGAGGCAGAGUUCCAUAAGAUAAGUAAAAGACUCAUAGGAUCGUUGCUUCAAAGGCCACCUCUGAUGUGUGCAGUCAAAAGAGAGCUUCGGGUAAGGAACAUUUAUAACAUCGAUAUCCUUGAAUUUAGUAAAGAGAAGAGAGUUGGGCUUUUCAAGGUGUCAUGUGAAGCAGGGACAUAUGUUAGAACUCUUUGCACUCAUAUGGGGAUAUUGAUGGGAUGUGGGGCCAAGAUGAAGGAGCUUAGAAGAACAAGAAGCGGGAGAACGUCUGAAAAAGACAUUUUUACACUACAUGAUCUGUUAGAUGCAGUGCAUAUAUUUAAUUCAGAAAAGGAUGAAACUGUGAUCCGAAGAGUGAUACGUCCUUUAGAAAGUCUUCUUGUGGGGUAUCCAAGGAUUAUGAUCAAGGACAGUUGUGUCAACGCCAUAUGUUAUGGGGCAAAGCUAAGUGUCACCGGCGUUCUUAGGUUUGAUAGAAAUAUCGAUGUGGGAAAGGAGAUUGUGAUUAUAACGACCAAAGGGGAGGCCGUUGCGCUUGGCAUUGCUCUUGUGAGUAGUCCCGAGAUGAGUAUCAUUGACCAUGGGCUUGUAUGCAGAACCAAAAGGGUUAUUAUGGAGAAGGAUCUAUACCCAAGGAGUUGGGGAUUCAAAAACGAAUAUGAAAUACUAAGUGAAUAG